AGUGAGAAACCUCCACGUUACAAUUGUGACGAGUGUUGUACAGUACUAUAGGUACUAUCAGAAUAAGACUCAUAUACGCAGUUAAUAACAAAUUUGUAUUUAAUUGGGCUACAUCUCAGUUUGUCAGCGGAGAAAAACCAAACAACAAAAUUAAAAAAAAAUGACUCAUGGCCAUCAUCAUCACCAUCAUGGUGGUCAUCACCAUCACCAUCAUGGUGGCCAUCAUCAUCACCACGGAAUGACACAUCAUCAUCAUCACCACCAUCGUCACCAUGGUGGUUUCCAUCAUCACCACCACCACCGACGUCCACCUGCAAUUUUUAUCAUUCCUACACACAACACAACCCAUGGACCGCCACGUGACCCAGUCGAUGAGCAAUGUGAUUGCAGGAUGUGUUGCUGUACAAUUCUUUAAUCGCUGAAUGAGCAAUGUGAAAUAAUGAAAUCAUGUGUAUUAAAUUAGUAUAAGCCAUUAUUUAUUACAAAUUGU